AUGGUGUUCAGGUCCCCGCUAGAGCUUUAUCCCACCCAUUUCUUCUUGCCAAACUUCGCCGCCGAUCCGCACCACCGCUCCCUCCUUCUCGCCAGCGGCGGCGGCGGCGGCAGCGGCAGCGGCUCGGGCUGCAGCCCCGGUGCCGGCGGCGGUGGAGGCGGCAGCUCCCGGGCACCCCACGAAGAGUUGUCAAUGUUUCAGCUGCCCACACUCAACUUCUCCCCGGAGCAAGUGGCCAGCGUCUGCGAGACGCUGGAGGAGACUGGAGACAUAGAAAGGCUGGGGAGGUUCCUCUGGUCGCUGCCGGUGGCGCCGGGGGCAUGCGAGGCCAUCAACAAGCACGAGUCCAUCCUCCGCGCCCGGGCGGUGGUGGCCUUCCACACGGGCAACUUCCGAGACCUCUACCACAUCCUGGAGAACCACAAAUUCACCAAGGAGUCCCACGGCAAGUUGCAGGCCAUGUGGCUCGAAGCGCACUACCAGGAGGCCGAGAAGCUAAGGGGUCGCCCGCUGGGACCGGUUGAUAAAUACAGGGUGAGGAAGAAGUUUCCGCUGCCCAGGACCAUUUGGGAUGGAGAGCAGAAGACUCACUGCUUCAAGGAGAGGACUCGCAGCCUCCUGAGGGAGUGGUACCUGCAGGACCCUUACCCCAACCCCAGCAAGAAAAGGGAACUGGCUCAGGCCACGGGGCUCACCCCCACGCAAGUAGGCAACUGGUUCAAAAACCGAAGGCAAAGAGACAGAGCGGCGGCGGCAAAAAACAGGCUCCAGCACCAGGCGAUAGGACAGAGCGGCAUGCGGUCGCUGGCAGAGCCCGGCUGCCCGACACACAGCUCGGCCGAGUCUCCGUCCACGGCGGCCAGCCCGACCACCAGCGUCUCCAGUUUGACAGAAAGAGCCGAGACGGGCACCUCCAUCCUCUCGGUAACCUCCAGCGACUCGGAAUGUGAUGUAUGA